CUCUGCCAAUGGUUUCCUGAUCGGCGGGAACGGCCGAGAGAUCCCGAGAACAGCGUAUACACAGCCCUGGACUUUUCUCAGCCGUUAGGAGAAGCAAGAGCUCAUCUAACGCAGCCGCCUCGUUACUGUGAUCUUUUGGAGCGUUGGAAGGUGGAAUUGAGAUGGAAGGAGGAGAGAACGAGAGUGUUACUGCUAGGAGAUUGUCUUUCAUUUUACUGGAGCAAGAAUCACUGUAUUAUGACAGGCGUGCACACACUCAUUCUUAGCGAUUCCAUGUGUCUCCAACAGCGUCUACAUAGUGCUCUAAUUUUAACAUUUACCAACUUUAUACCACAAUUCAUAUUCAUGUUUCAAAGAAAAAAUGUUAUUUGCUUUCUGCAAUCAUGUGGUUUUGGUCCUCUGUUAAAGUUGUUGUCAGUUGUUGCGGUUGGUGUCUUCACAAACCAUUCAUCACUAUUAUGUUUAUAUUAAAUUCAAACCCACGAAGUAUAAUACCUCAAUCCACAAGACCAUACAUCUGCAUGAAAAUAUAAUACCUCAAUGAGUGAGGUGACCAUACCUGA